GCUGCAGCCGUCUGAGGAUGGAGAUCCAAGACAGAACUGAUCUCUGUUUCCCACAUCUCCUCAACAGCUCCUGCAGGAAGCCCACACUUCACUGGUCUGAAGCCGUUCUCCUGAACUCUGUGCUGCUCUUCAUCUCACUGAUCACUGUAGUGCUCAACCUCCUCAUCAUCAUCUCAGUCUCACACUUCAGGCAGCUCCACACUCCUACAAACAUCCUCCUCCUCUCUCUGGGUGUUUCUGACUUUUUUGUUGGUCUCCUGCUGAUGCCUUUUGAAAUCUACAGAAUUACAUUCUGCUGGUUUCUUGGAGAUGCCAUGUGUGUUUUUUUGUUUUUUUUGAUUGGUACCAUCAGUUGUGCUUCAAUCUGGAACAUUGUCCUGAUAUCAGUCGACCGCUAUGUAGCCAUUUGUUACCCUCUGCAUUACCCCACCAGAAUCUCGUUGACGAGAGUCAAAUAUUGUGUUUGUCUGUGUUGGUUCUGUGCUUCUUCCUGCACCUUUUUCUAUGCAAAGGAUGAGCUGAUUCAGCCUGGCAGGAGAAAUACCUGCAUUGGAGAAUGUAUACAUUAUAUUAGCUAUGCUGCAGGAAUAAACGAUCUAAUUUUUAAUUUCAUAUUUCCAGUAACAACCAUCAUAGUUCUCUAUUUGAGAGUAUUUGUGGUGGCUGUGUCUCAGGCUCGUGCCAUGCGCUCUCACAUUACAGUCGUCACGUUUCAUUCAGCGACAUCAGGAACAAAGAGAUCAGAGUUAAAAGCAGCCAGGACUCUGGGGGUUCUAGUUGUUGUAUAUCUAAUGUGUUACUGUCCAUAUUACUGCUACUCUUUAGUUCAAGUUAAUAUAACCAGUACCUCAUAUGUAUCGAUUUUGUGCUUUGUCUUUUAUUCCAACUCCUGUUUAAAUCCUGUGAUCUACGCCCUGUUCUACCCCUGGUUCAGAAAAGCUGUUAAAGUCAUUGUUACUCUACAGAUUCUGCAGCCUGGCUCACAUGAGGCCAAGCUGCUGUAGAUGAUCUGUAAACAUAAUGAGACGACUGCUGACUUUCACACCUGAAUGUCUGCUAGUCUUGGUUCUAUUGGGGGACCAAAAUUGCAACAUUUUUGUCAUUUUCAGCUGCUGUGUCAAACAAUAGAAAAACCUUUUCCUCCCCUCUUGCCUGUGGGUGUUUCUGCUCCAAUAACUAUUGAAGGAAACCAGGUGAAAACCUCAGAAGACGCCGAGCGUAACUUCCUUCUUCACAAAAUGUAAACAAAAAUGA